CCACGCGUCCGGCGGCGGCGCGUCCUGCUCCCUGCCCUGCCCUGUCCCGUCCGUCCCCUCCAGUUCCCGCACGCCGCCUCGCGCUUCCCCCGCCAUUAAAACCCUCUCCCCUCUUCGUCUUCCCCUCUACUGAACCUUGCGGAACCCUAGCCCCCUGAACUCCCUUGCAACGCUACGACGCCAUGGCCCCCAACCCCUCCGCCGUCGCCAUCCGGGCCGCCUCCGCGGGCAACCUCCGCCUCCUCAAGAAAGUGGCGAGCGAGAUGGACCUGCGGGAAGCCAAAGACCCCAACGGGAGCACCCUCCUGUACCUCGCCGCGGCGAAGGGUCACCUGGAGGUCUGCCGGUUCCUGGUGGAGGAAUCCGGGCUCGAUGUCAACUGCCCCAACGCGGAUGGCAUGACGCCGGUCUUCCGCGCCGCCGCCGCGGGAGAGGUGGGCGUCCUGAGGUACCUCCUCGACCACGGCGGCGACCCAGCGAUGCCCGACGCCAUUCGCUUCGCGCCGCUGCACAUUGCGGCGGAGAACGGGCACUACGAGGCUGCAGCACUGCUGCUGUCCAGGGGAGUUGAUGCGGAUCCCCUCAACACCCGUCUUGGGACGCCGCUGCAUGUGGCUGCGGCGAAGGGCCAUGAUCAGAUUCUGAAACUCCUGCUGGAGCACGGAGCUGAUCCCAACAGGAUUUUCAUGAGUGUCUUGUCACCGCUCCUGUUGGCAUGCGAAGCACGCUCCUUCAAAUGCGUGGAGCUAUUGGUUGCGGCCAGUGCCGAUGUGAAUUUCAUGAAUCCCUAUGGAUCGAGCCCUUUAAUUGACGCAACCAAGAAUGGCUUAACCGAUAUUGUCAAGCUUUUGCUAGAGGCUGGAGCUGAUCCGAACACUUUUGAUGAUUUUGGGGAAAAUCCAAUCAUGCAUGCAGCCCGUGAUGAGCGACGCGAUCUUGUUGAAAUUCUUUUUCCUCAUUCAAAACCAAUCGCAUAUGUACCCAGCUGGAGUGUUGACGGCUUAAUUUCUACUAUUAAACAUCUGCCUUCCAUGGCUAAGGGUGCAGAUUCUGGAGCUGAUGCGAAGAUGCGAGGAAAUGAAGCAUUUGCAAAGGGGGAUUACGCUGGAGCAACCUACUUAUAUGGCAUAGCGAUGUUCGUAUUUCCCCGCGAUGCUACCUUGUUUGCGAACAGGAGCCUAUGUUGGUUGCGGCUGGGAGAUGGAAAGAAUGCCCUGUCAGAUGCUCAACAAUGCAGAAUGAUCCGUCCCCAUUGGUCGAAGGCAUGGUACCGUGAGGGCGCAGCUCUCAAGCUGCUAAAGAACUACAAAGGAGCAGCUGAUGCAUUCGCGGAAGCAUUGAAGCUUGACCCUGCAAGUGAUGAGAUCAAGGCAGCGCUAAGUUCUGUCUUUCCAUACAACUUUAUUAUCUAUUUGGGUUAUUCUUAG